GGCGAUGGCGGAGGUUACGACCGCGGACGGCGGCAGCGACGGCGGAGACGACGAGUCCGACUACUUCGACUCGAAGAGCCACUGCCUGGAGCUGUCCCGCCGGCAGAACGAGCAGAGGAAGCGCGGCCUCUUCUGCGACCUGACGCUGUCGGUGGGGGGCCGCGAGUUCCGCGCCCACCGCUCGGUGCUGGCCGCCGCCACCGAGUACUUCCAGCCGCUGCUCGGCGGCAACUUCGAGGAGUCGCGCUCCGAGCGGGUCGAGAUGCGCAACUGGAGCACCCAGCCCGGCCCCGACCCCGACACCGUCGAGGCCGUCAUACAGUACAUGUACACCGGCGCCAUCCGCGUCUGCACCGGCACCGUCCACGAAGUGCUGGAGCUGGCCGACAGGUUCCUCUUGCUGCAGCUGAAAGAAUUCUGUGGGGAGUUUCUGAAGAAGAAGCUGAACCUUACAAACUGCGUGGCCGUUCAUAGCCUGGCCCACAUGUACUCCCUGGACCAGCUGGCGCUGAAGGCAGCAGACAUGAUUCGCAGGGACUUUUACAAAGUGAUCUGGGACGAUGAGUUCUACACGCUGCCUUUCCACCUGGUCAGAGACUGGCUGUCAGACUCUGAGAUCACGGUGGACUCGGAGGAAGUCCUGUUUGAAGCGGUGGUGAAAUGGGUUCAGCGGAACCCCGAGGAGAGGGAGAAGCACUUUGAGGAGUUGUUCAAACUCCUGCGGUUGCCCCAAAUGAAGCCCACCUACCUGACCCGCAUCAUUAAGUCUGAGCAGCUGGUGGCCGGGAAUGCCAACUGCCUGCGGCUGGUGGCAGAGGCGGUGGAGGGCCACGCGCUGAGGUCAGAGAACCAGCAGCCGGUCAGCCUGGACAGCUGGGCGUCACAGGUGGUGUCCUUCCAGCCUCGCUUUGGUCAGAACAUGGACGUCAUCAUGGUGGUGGGCGGCGUGUCGGAGGGCGGAGAUUACCUCAGCGAGUGCGUGGGCUACUUCGUCGACGAAGACCGGUGGGUGAACCUCCCCCACAUUCACAACCACCUGGACGGCCAUGCCAUGGCCGCCACCGAGUCCCACGUCUACGUGGCUGGCUCGAUGGAGCCCGGGUUCGCGAAGACGGUGGAGCGGUACAGCCCCAACAGGAACAGCUGGGAGCAGCUGAGCAACCUGAUCACCAGGAAGCACUCCUUCGGCCUGAUGGCGGUGAAGCAGCUCCUGUACAGCAUCGGGGGGCACGGCAACUUCAGCCCGGGCUUCAAGGAUGUGGACGUUUACGAGCCCGACAACGACAGGUGGCACCACUUGCAGUCGGCCCCCAAGAUCCUGCGCGACGUCAAAGCCAUCAGCGUGGAGGACCGGUACGUGUACGUCACCGCGCGCAGCCCCGUGGAAACCGACAGCGAGGACGGUCUGGGGACUGUCAGCGCCAAGUACGACACGGACACGAGGGAGUGGCAGGACGUGGAGUCCCUGCCGCUGCUCGACAACUACUGUGCCUUCCAGACGGCCGUCUCCACCACAAACUUCUACCACACCGCCUCCUGCUGCCCCAGGUGUUACCCCGUGACGGACAGCGAAGCGAAGCGGAAGAUCUCCGCCACCGCGGCCGACGAGAUCCUGGAGAGCUUGCCCCCGGAGGUGCUGAGCAUCGAGGGGGCGGCCGUCUGCUACUUCCGCGACGACGUCUUCAUCAUCGGCGGCUGGAAGAACAGCGACGACAUCGACAAGCAGUACCGGAAGGAGGCGUACCGCUACUGCGCCGAGCGGAAGCGCUGGAUGCUGCUGCCCCCCAUGCCCCAGCCCCGGUGCCGGGCGACGGCCUGCCACGUCAGGGUCCCCUACCGCUACCUGCACGGGGCGCAGAGGUACCCGAUGCCGCAGAACCUGGCCAGGCAGCGGGAACGCCUGCAGCAGAUGCAGCAGUUGCACCGGCGCUCUCUCAUCCUCAGGCGACAGCAGCAGCCCCAGGUCGACUGCUGACCCCCGGCGGAGGCUCUCACAGCUGCCGAGUGCAAAGGAUGUGGAGUUUGUUGGUGUUUAUAGGUAACUAGAAACUCCUGUCCUGUUCAAGCAUAAACUGCAGUAUCGUUGUAAAUUUGGUACGUUGAAAAUGUUGGUAAGGUUUGUAAAAAAAAAUGCUUUGCCUUAGUUAUGUUUAUUUAUUCACUUCAACCCUCUCACUAAAAAUUAUCCUAGUCACACCAGACCCAUUUUUAUUAACUAAUGCAGAAUUGAUAAGCUUUGUCAUGUGUUUUUUUUAAAGUAAUUCACUUUAAGAAGUUUGGGUAGAGGUGGGGAGCCUAUUUUAUUGAAGGCACUGUAAAUGCCUUCUGUUGCGCAGUAUCAACAGCCGCUGUUUGAUGUGGUCAGGUGGCCAGUCUGUCAACAAAUGUGUGCUGUGAUUGGUCUCGUGGGUGCUUGUGUACAGCCAGAACCAAGGUCUGCCUGAUCCGGAGCAUUAGAUUAACGUCCGAUCAACGCAGUCAAAGACCUUGGCGGUUUUUAUCCAAACUUUCCGAAAGUGGGAUGUUGCACUGGCAGCCUCAACCAAAUAUCAGUAGCACUUGGACUGCUGCAAUAAGCACGUGAGUAGGUGAGCGACACAGUCAUUAACAGCCGAGCAAUGGUGGUUGUUUCCCAUGCCGUUGGAAGCCAAUUACCUUUCUAUCAUAUUUGAAGCGUCGUCUACCAGUCGGGUACUCCUGACAUUUGGCAGAUCGGGGUCGAGGUAACGCCUGCCCUUCGUGCUCCAGGGUCUCAAGGGUUUACGGUAAGGAGCGUGACGAUUGAGUUGCUGGGUGGCCACUGACCAGAGCAACUGCUCUCCACUUUUUCACUGCCUUCCAUUCCACACAGACCCACAAGCUCAGUGCGUGAGGCACGUUCUUAACGUGGCCUCUCAUCACCUCUGAACUCACGAGUUUUAGAAGUAAAACUUUACGUUCUCUUCUUUGCAGUCCUAGAUUGAGAAUGACAGCAGUUAAAAUGCACCCACGGUAAUCACCGUAAUUAAAAUAUCUAGGAAGCAUUGAAAUGCAACAACAUGAAAUUUCUGUUACAUCACGGUGGUGUUUCCUAAGUGUUUUGUCUUCUGGGGUGUUGCUACUGGAAGCUGCAGUGUGUGUAAAUGUAUAUUGACGUGUCGAUCGUUGAAUUCCAGGAUGUAUUUUCCAAGUACAGAUCCGUUUGUUUCAGAAGUUAAGCUCGGAGGAGGAGGUGACAUACAUUUGCUCAGGCCGUUCUAAUUUCUGUAUCAGAAGUGGUCCUGGAUUUCGAGUAAGCAGUUCAAAUCUGAUUUAAAAUUAAAUUCACUUGAAAACGCAUUUGUAAGAUGCCUUGGUGAAGAGGGUUUAUUGUGUAGGAGGACUGUUUAUUGUGUGACCCAUUGUUCCUUUGUUACCAUCUCCACAAGCUGGGUCACUGCUGACUGCCACAAGGUCUGCACACUUUUUGACCCUACAUACAGUGGUUAUAAACUCAGUUUUUUACCCUUGUUGAUGCCCCAGUGUUUGCUCAGAAGUCUGGUUUAAUAAUUGUCUUCUCUUAUUGUUGCAUUUGCGCUACCUCCCGUUUACUGGGCUCAGUGUUGACUAUCACAUACUGUAUCCAGCAGCUACCGUUUCCCUUCCUAAUUCUGAUUUUAAAUAGAAUAGGAAGCUUUACAUAUCAUCUCUAGACCCGGUAAGAGUAAGUGCCCUUGAUAAAGUAAAAUUGAACGUAAGCCGUCUGCCUGCUCACACCCGGUUCCCACAGACACUCUGCAGUCAUAAGCUUUGGUUUGGAGGAACAUCUUUUAAUGGCCUCAGAUUUUAGAUAUCUAGUCCCUCUUCCACCACUGAAAUGGCCGUGACAGUCUCAGCUGCAAUAUCCGCUUUCGUUGUCUGUCCUUGUCCUGUCUCGAAUCCUCCUUAUAACAUACACGUCUGUGCCACCAACUCCAUCUGCCUAACGGAGGUAACGCAGUGAGAACGUUGUGUUAUUCAUCGCCUCUGGAAACGAUAAUGUGCUCAGUGGCUCGUCCAGUUCUUGCUGUGUGACAGUGGUUCAGGAAUGAAAGCAUUCCUCCAGCUGCUAAAUACCCCGUCACUUGUCGCAUGAGCUACUGGAGUCAUCUCUACACCCGUGUUACCGUGCUGAUGAAUUGUUUUAUUUCCAGACCCAGCACCUGCAGCUUUGGAAUUGAUGGUAAGUGAUCCUCAGCAUGGUUUUGCGUGAGAGUUACAAUCACUGCUCGUUUGAAAUGGAGUACUAAACCCAGUGGAAAAUAUUGUGCCCACAGCUCCCCGAUAAACCGAAAGGAAGUUCCAGUAGCAAUUAGUCCCCUUCAGCAUGAAGCUUUGCUGCCUACAAAUGGCUUUCUUUGAUCGUCCCUAACCAGUGUUGUCAAUUCCUCAUUGUGACACAGAUCUCACACCAGAUCGUCUCUAAACAGUGUUGUCAAUUCCUCAUUGUGACACAGAUCUCACACCAGAUCGUCUCUAAACAGUGUUGUCAGUAUCUCAUUGUGACACAGAUCUCACACCAGAUCUUGUUGUGACAAACCAUCACAUAAGAAACAAGGUCUUUUCUUCCCUUCUCUAUUUUUGUGAAAUCUGCUUCUGUCUUUAGCAAAAGAUGUAGCAGCCUUUUCUUGGAUUACUGUGGAAGCUUUAGUGGUCUAAGUAACCUGCUGCCAGUUAACAUGCAUGUGAUAAUAACUGAUUGCAUUCCUCUGCUUGGUUUGCUGUGUUAUUGAACUACUCUGAUUCACCGGGCAGCGUUCUCUGCUUUAGAUUAAUUAACCAGCUGAAACCUGCUGGAUACAGGAGCUUGUGCUUUGGACAUUUUGUAUUUCUUUGUUCACUGUAUGUAUGCAAUUACCAGAACUAAAUCUUGCUCUCGACUGAAAGAACUAACAGUGUGGUGGAGAUGGGCCCCAGCUGUGCUUAACAGCCCUCCAAUUUCUGACACUUGCAUUUGAUUAGUUUUAAUUUUUAUUCUUUGAGUUACUGGCCUCCCUCUCCACUGAGAUUGGAGGAUGACUUUGUCAGAGCAGGCGCCAUCGAUUACCUAAACGUGCCGUCUGUGUGCGUGUGCAUCUCAAGUGCUUUCAUAGUUUUCAGUUCUCCAUUUGGCCAAGAGAGCAGAGACUUCUGCUCUGUAAUGUUGGCUGUUGGGAAGGGAAAGUAAUUAAAUUCCAUUGUGCCCUCGUCUGAAAUCCGGGCUAUUUACUGCCUUGUAUUUGAGAUUACAGUUGGUUUGGUUUCUUCCUGUCGUCCUUGGCAAUGCUUUGAACGUCCCUUCUGUCAAAAGCUUUGUAUAGAAGCAGGCUUUUGCAUCGGUGCGGUGAGCCGAGCCCCACGUUGAUAGGGUUGAAUAGAGCAAGGAGCACCUUCUGAACAAAACCUGUGUUUGUAAACUCCAUCCCCCAUCUGAACCGUUCACAUAUGGGUUGUCUAAAAAUGCACGUGCAUGUUCAGCAAUCUGAACUUCUCUACUCAUUUUUAUAAAAUAUGGCCUGUCAAUAAAAGUUACUUUUACCAUGGAA